AGCCUAUAUGCGUACGUAUGCAUGAAGCGCCUGUCUCUACGCGGCUUACCUCCGCUAAUUAAAAUUUGUUGAAUUGAGAAAAAAGUCAAUCAAAUCAAUCUUCUCAAUCCACUUUCAUUCGCAGCAUUUUUCCAUCAAGAAUAAAGGAUGAGUUCACUAAAAUCACCAGCACCAAUAGUCAAGCAGUUACGGAGUCUGCUGCAGGAUCUAAAUCAGUCUCUAGAUCCAAUCACUUCACAGUCUCUCGAUAAGCUUACGUCCACUUUGGAAAGUCGAACGAAAGCUGGUACAAGUUCAAAUGAUGUGAUCCUGAGUGGCAGACUUGAAUCUGCCCAAGUUCAAUCUUCUCUUGCAUACAUUUUGUUAGAUCUAGUCUGGAUCUUACUCAAAGUGAAUGGAACAGAUCCAGCCUCACAUCCCGUUACGGCAGAGCUAAAACGUGUUGAACAAUAUUUGAAAAAAGUUCAUGAAACUGAUAAGGAUGUCAUUGCUGCAAAUUUCAAAAAUGAUCAAGGCUCUCAUCGUAUCGAUCAAGCGAAAGCAUCCAGAUUCAUCAAAGGAGCUUUAGGCUCGAACAAUGGAAAUCAAUCCACUGGAAAGAGAACCGUCUUUGCAGAAGAUGGCACUGUUCAAAAGGUUGUACCAGUAGGAUCAGAAGAGGCAGAACCUGAGACAGAGGCUGGGAGCACAAGCAAAAAAGGAGGUGCCGGAGAACACGACGUUGGUGAAGACGAGAAUGGAAAAUGGGAACAGCCAAAGUCAAAACGGAGAAAGAGCGAAAAAGGAGAAAAGAAGAAAAGUGGUAGGAAAUCCAAGUAAGACAACCUUCACGAUCAAAAUUAUGUACACUAUUUCUCACAUCCAAAAGACACUAUAUAAUUGCAUGAUGUACAUUACGGCAUAGACAAAGAAUUUCUAUUGAUUCAUUCC